CGGGCACACGGAUUCUCCUCCGCCGACCGAAGCCGCGUAGAGGCGAAACCCUCGCCUCGGGUUGGUGAUGGCCGCCGACGAGUCCGCCACGGUCUUUCUGGAGACGAGCCUUGGCACCCGCUUCGUCAUCUCCUUCCCCGCCCGCGACACCACCGUCGCCGAUCUCAAGCGCCGAGUGAGCGCCGAACACGCCGCGUGUUUCCCCCACAGUGGGCUAAUCGCCGUCACAUCCUUGCAGGCUAAGUACGAUGGCUCCUGGUUUCAUCUCACUGAUUCCAUGGCUGUGGAAGCUGCUUUCCGUUGGGUUCAGGGGCCCUGGCACCUCCUGGUCGAGGCUCACGAGCUUCCCUUUCACCCACUUGCUCGCAAUGAUGCAAAGUGCAGAACAGGUGAUACUGAACAAAAUGCCAGACGUCCUGCCACCGAGGACUCCACAAAGAAUAUGUCGCUUCCUGCGGCAUCUCAAGCAGGUGGCAAUCCCGCCUUAGGUGACGGUGACAAUGACACCCCACAGAUGAAACAGAAGGAUAAACCUCAUGAAGGUGUCUGAAUGUGCCUCCGAUCAGCGCGAAGAUGGAAAUACCAUGCCUCGAGAAUGUUUGGAUCUUGAUUUAGCGGCAGGUGACAGUGACACCCCACCAACGAACCAGCAGGACAAAUCUCAAGAAGGUGUUAGACAUGACUCGGGUCAGCGCGAAGAUGGAAAUGUAGAGACCAUGCUUCAAGAAACUUCAGAUCUUGAUGUAGCAGCAGACAAAGACAAUGGUACCGUCAGGGGUCUAAAAAAAGACGUCAUCAUGGAACCAAGAGGAAAGAAACGUUUUAGGGAGGAAGAUAAGAAUGACGAAAGCAUCAUUGUAAACUGUGAUUGCUAUCUUUCCUCUCUUGCUAGCUCCACACUUAAUGUUGAAUUGUCAGAGCAAAAGAGCAGCGGGACUGAACAAGUAAAUUUGAACACUGAUCCCUUGACCUAUAACUUGAGAGAUUAUUCACAUGGUUUGGGGGAAAAACCCUCUUGUGGCCAGAAGGAACCAUGGACAUCCGGUGUUUGCAAUGGUGAAAGCAGGAACUACAGAUCAGAUAUUCCACCUUGUGUCGAGUCCAUCGAAAGAGAUAACUCUUCAGACAAAGAAGUAAAGGCACAUAGAGGUGUCGAGGAGGAACCACAGAUAGAUGGGUUGUGCGCUGGUGAAACAGCUGCAAAGGAACAUACAUUCCACAUUGUGUUGAGACCAUGAAAGAAGACACAGGGAAAUAAAGACAACAUCAACUGUUAGCACAGAACCUGAGGCAUGUUUCCAAAGAAGACAACAGCGGGUUGUAGUGCGCAAAGUGUCUAUGAUCAGGGAUAUAAAGAUGUAUGCUCUCAGGUGUUAAUGUGGGCUCGCCUGGACCAUUUGCGCAAGAGCAUGUCGCCAAGAAAGCUGCAGAGAAGAGAGAAAAUGAAGACCAAGAAACUCAAUAGCCUCUAGCCCUCUAGUAGUUGUUUGUAUGGUUAACUCAUGAUCCAGGGCUGUAGAUCUUAAGGUUAUCUAGGUAUAAUUGCGUUUUUGGAUGAACUUCUUACUAUGGUCAUUCAAGAUCAUUAUGUAUAAAGAUGCUCAUGAUGGCUGACUUACAGAGCUUGAUGCAAUUUAGACAACCUAUAUAUGCUAGUCAGAUCGUACUUAUCGGCUUAUCACUGUGCUCACCUUUUGUGCAA